AUGGCAUCAAUAUCUAGGACAAUCGUGGGGCCCCCAUCAGGGACCAGCAUCCCCCUGUUCCUGGCGCCAGCUUUCGCACGACCAGCCGCUACAGCAGCAACAUUAUCAACUUCCGCCCUCCGAUCAUAUGCUACCAAAAAGGGCGAGAAGGGCGAGAAAACAAGUCACACAAACUGGGCGCUACACGCACGUCCCAAGAUUGACAGGAACAAGAAAAGAGGCGUCUCCGCCAUCCGACGGACAGGACCCAGGAGUAUGCGAGGACUGUGGAAGUACCCCCUGCCAGUGCCUGUGGCACGAGACCACCGGGGAACCGCGGCAGAAUAUGCCGAAUCUGCGGAUCAUGGGCUGUGGGGUUUCUUCGACAAGUCAAAGCAGGCACUGCUUCCACCGGAUGAUGAGUCGAGCCACGGCCGAGCCUGGACGUACAAGGAACUGUCCGUCAAAUCUUUUGAAGAUCUCCACAAGCUCUACUGGGUGUGUGUCAAGGAACAGAACCGAACCUUGACCCGGGAAAAAGAGAGACAGCGUCUGAGGGCAGGCUACGGGGAAGUGGAAAGCGAAGAGAGAGUCGCUGUGGUACGAGAAACGAUGACCCUUAUCAGACAAGUCCUGGUCGACCGGCAGUUGUCGUACAACCAAGCCCGGAUAUUGGUCGGACAGAAAGAAGUGGCCGAGAUUCUUGAAGAGUCACGGUCUGUCCUGGAGGAUGAUAGCCCAUUGGAGCACAUGGAGUCAACUCAACAACAGCAGUGA